AUGGGCCAUCCGGAGAUAUCGCCCGAUUCAAGCUGUCACAAGUAGAGGACGUAAUUGGUGGAAAUAAUUGUCAGUCAUGCUAGCUAAUUGGUCGUGAAACAACACAAAUGAUCAAUCGACAACAAUACAGUUCGGCGUGAACUAGGCUACUCAAUUUGCCACAGACUAGCCUACUUCGACAAGGUGUGCGCUCAAUAUCAGGAUAUGGGGCGGCUUUUGAAUGUGCUGCGCAGUUGGCUGGUUAUGGUGUCUGUGAUUGCUAUGGGCAACACAGUUCAAAGUUUUCGCGAUCACAGCUUCCUGUCAGAGAAACUUUACACUGGGUCGCCGGAGUUUGUAAAUGGCCUUCAGGCUAGAACAUUUGGAAUAUGGACCUUGUUAUCAUCUAUAAUUCGUUUCUUCUGUGCCAUGGACAUCCAAAACAGAACGCUUUAUCACAUCACACUGUGGACAUUUGUGCUGGCUCUAGGGCAUUUUCUUUCUGAAGCCUUCAUCUAUAAAACAGCACCCCUGACUAUUGGUGUAAUGGCACCUCUUCUAGUUGCAAGCUUUUCCAUUGUGGCCAUGUUGGCAGGCUUUCAGUGCAUCACCGAGUCCCAGGAGCUGGCAGCUGACCAGAAGAAGAGGAAAUGACCUCUGGAUAGUAGCCACACAGGUCUCAUGGACUGGCCAUGCCACGCACUGUUGGUCUUUGGCUUUGUGGUGACAAAGGCAAUAACAAUAUGUUAGUCGUUCCUGACUUUAUUUGUACAGUACAACGCCAAAUCAGAAAAAGUUGGGACGUUGUGUAGAAUGUGAAUAAGAAUGUAAUAAUCUGCAAAUCUCGUAAACUCAUAUUUAGCUGCAAAAAGGAUAC